CACUGUCACCUUAACAACAGCCGGCGCUCUGCGGACCCCGGUCACAUGACACGGCGCCGCCAUUUUGUCUUCGGAGCGAAGUGUGAGGUAAAAGGAGAAGAGGGGAGAGGAGCCGGACAGGAAGAGAGAGAGAGCUGAGAAGGAGAGGAAGAGGUGACUGAGGCUCUCCUUCCGGACCGGCUCAUCUGACAACGACUCGUCCUGGUAUUCGGUGGCAGGGUGAGGGGAAGCCGGUGGCAGACGUGAGCUCCAGUGACAGCUCGUUCCCCUAGGCCCGGCGGAGGAUCAGCACGGAAGAUGUCAGGCCAGUCUAUCACAGACCGGAUCACGGCGGCUCAGCACAGUGUCACCGGAUCGGCUGUGGCCAAAGCCGUGUGUAAAUCUACGACCCAUGAGGUGAUGGGGCCCAAGAAGAAGCACCUGGACUAUCUUAUCCAGUGCACAAACGAAAUGAACGUUAAUAUACCGCAGCUUGCUGAUACACUCUUUGAACGGACUGCCAAUGGUAGCUGGGUUGUAGUAUUCAAAGCCCUCAUCACAACGCAUCACCUUAUGAUGUAUGGUAAUGAGCGAUUCAUUCAGUACCUUGCAUCCAGAAACACAUUGUUUAACCUCAACAAUUUCCUAGAUAAAGGUGCUAUGCAGGGCUAUGACAUGUCCACUUUCAUAAGGCGCUACAGCAGAUAUUUAAAUGAAAAAGCACUUUCCUACAGACUUGUAGCUGUGGACUUUACCAAAAUGAAAAGAGGGAUAGAUGGAGUCAUGAGAACUAUGGCAACAGAAAAGCUGUUGAAAACUCUUCCAAUUAUUCAAAACCAGCUGGAUGCAUUACUAGAUUUUGAUGCAAAUCCAAAUGAGUUAACAAAUGGUGUUAUAAAUACAGGCUUCAUGCUUCUGUUCAAGGAUUCUAUCCGGUUGUUUGCUGCCUACAAUGAAGGCGUUAUCAAUUUGCUAGAAAAGUACUUUGACAUGAAAAAGAACCAGUGUAAAGAAGCAUUAGAUAUCUAUAAGAAAUUUCUGGCCCGGAUGACCAAACUGUCAGAAUUCCUCAAAGUGGCAGAGCAAGUUGGAAUUGAUCAGGGUGACAUUCCAGAUCUUACUCAGGCACCAAGCAGCUUGCUGGAGGCACUUGAACAGCACUUGGCAUCCCUUGAAGGUAAAAAGACAAAGGAACUGUCAGCUGCUAGCAGAGCCAGCACAUUAUCCAGUGCGGUAUCAUCUCUUGCUUCGACUGGUUUGUCAUUUUCUAAAAUGGAUGAAAAAGAAAAACAGCAGGCUCUGGAAGAGGAGCAGGCACGAUUACAAGCCCUUAAGGAGCAACGACUAAGAGAAAUUUCUGUGUCAAAUUCUACUUCUACAUCAGCCUCACCUAGCACUUUAUCUGGGAAAAGUGUCAAUACUACAGCUGUUGAUUUGUUCUCAACACCUGCACCAACCACAAACAGCAUGCCCAAUCUUAGCAGUGAUCUGUUCGACCUGCAACCAGCAUUUGUGCCCACUGUACAAAGUACUCCUGCCAUUGCAACUUCUGUAAAAAGCACAUGGGGAGGGCCCUUCUCUUCAUCCAAUGGCGUUGGUUCACCUCCACACUUGGACGUCUUCGACAUGCAGCCGGUUGAGGAAGUUGUUAAGUCCACACCCCAGUUCGAUACUUCCACAUUUGCUUCUAAGCCAUCAGUGGGACAUAUAAGCGGUUUCCCUCUGCAUUCUGUCGGCACAUCUACAGCAAUGAAUGUGGAUUUUGAUGCUGUGUUUGGAGCAAAAUCUACUAUGCAGGAAAUUGGAGAUACAAAUGCUACCUACUUCACAGAUGAUGUAUUGCUGCCAACUGUUUCUCAGCAUGACCAAAGGUCUGUAUCUGGAGGCCAGCAGAGUGGAAGGUUUAUGGCCAAUGAUCUCGAUUCCUCGCUUGCUAAUCUAGUGGGAAAUCUCGGUUUUGGCGGAACACCAUCAAAGAGAUCUGACAUGCAGUGGAAUCAGCCUACUGAGAAGAGACUUACCGGUGGGACACACUGGCAAGCCAGAACAAGCACCUCCACAACAUGGAAUCCUGCCCCUGUAGCUCCUGUUCCACAAGUGAAUGGAGUCCACUAUCCUGGAUAUGCUCCUCCACCAAUGACCUAUCCAGUACCAACACCACAAGUGCCUGUGUAUGGAAUGGUUCCUACACAGAUUGGGGCAAAUCCUCUCAUGGUUCCUCAGCCAAUUCUUUACACACAGCCUGGAAUAAGACAAACAAAUCCAUUUGCACCUGUGACUGGAGCUCAGAUGCAAUUCAUGUAGCCACCAAAGCAGCAAGGAUGCGUCGACAACCAAAAACUGGUUACAAGUGAAUGACCAGUCUCUCACCAACAUGGUCUUUACAAGGGCGCCAAUGUAUUUCUGGUGUAAUAUAAAGUACCCAUUCUUUGAACUGCAGUGCUUUUAGAGGAUGUUGAUUAUAACUGUUCCUCUGCCAUGGAAUCUGAUGUGCAAAGCUGCUCUAAGACCACAUUCUACUUUCCUUCUAUUAUACUGGUGACAGGCAAAAAUCGGAUCUAAAACAUUUCUUAAUGUGAGCAUUGAGGUGCCUUUGUCCAACAACACUCAUGAAAGGGGUUUUGUAAUAUAUUUGGAUGUUUUUUCCCAUUCUCUAUUUUUAAAUUGCUCUUCCUGUUGUUUUCCUCUCUGAUCAUAUAACUGUUUGGCUAUUCUGAAGAGUCUGCUCAAUUAACUG